AUGGAAAACCCCAAAAAAGAAGUUGGCUCUCUCCUCACGGGCCUCUGCACAGCGCAAGAUACGAAGACCCUUGAGGGUAUCUUCCGGGAGUAUUACACCUCUGACGCGCGACUCCUGAACCCGGUCUGCCAGGUGGGAUCUCGCGAGGGUAUCCUGCGCAUCUACGAGCUGUACCGCAUCAUGAGCCCCAACACUGAGGUUCAAAUCAUAAGCGUCAUGUACGACAAACCGACGAACGUGGUCGUGCUUGAGGCCAAGCAGAACUUUCAAUUGUGGUUCAGCCCCUUCCCUGCGGAGCCUGCGAGGGUGAACGUUCGGCUUUCCUUGAAGGAGAUAAAUGGACACCUAUUCAUCUAUCAACAAGAGGAUCUGUACCAUUGGAUGGAUGCCGCCGCCAUGAUCUUACCGCCCCUCGCGCCCGUUGUUGGCAUUAUGCUCGCUCUUUCG